AUGAAUAUAACUAUUGAAGUCGAAGAUGCUCUUGCACGUCUUGCGAUACCUGAGAGUGAUCGAUUGUAUUAUAUUUCAGAAGGCAUUGAUGUUCAUAAACGAUUUUACUCGCAAAAUGGAAUUAAAUCUCAUUUAGCUUUAUCAGACGAAUUUGAAAAACGUAAUGGCUGUUUUGAUUGUGGUGAAGUUUCAUAUUUAAAAAUUCUUAUUCAUAUUUCAUCCCCAAUUGCUAGUAAUAGAACCGUAUCAAAUGAAAGUUUAUCAUCAUCAUCAUUAAAUGGAACAACAAUAUCAACAACAAAAAUAAAUACUAAUAAUAAUAAAAAAUCAAAAUCUCGUUUAAAAACUAAUAAAGAUCAAUUACGACCACAAUUAACUACAAAAUCACAAAUGCCACUCUAUGAUUUACCAAAAAUAUCUUUACCAACUACAAUUGAUACUGAACAUUUAAGUUCACAAGUACGUGAAUUACUUUCUUCAUACAGUAUUGGUCAACGUGCGUUUGGUGAAGCUGUUCUUAAUCUUUCUCAAGGUCGUGAACCAUAUAUACGUAUGUAUAGUUGGUUUUGUGACACCGACAAUGUACAAAAACUACUUGCUUGGAAACAAGAACGAGAUAUUCUACGUCGUAGUAUUCGUCCUACAACAAAAUCACAGAAUCAUGAUACAGAAAGUAACAAUAAUCCUACUUUAAAACGUCGAUAUAUAUUUACAGAAGAUCAACGUCGUAGAUUAAAACAAAUAUUCGAAAGUGAACCUUAUCCAAGUCAAGCAAAAUUAGAACAACUCGUUGAUGAAUUAUCCUUGCCAAUGAACAAAAUAUCGAAUUGGUUUCAUAAUGCCCGAAUGAGAACUAAACCUAAUACGUAUACGAAAGAUACAAAUAAAAUAUCUUCGACGCCUUUAACUGAUAAUAAUGAUGAGGAUGAGGACGAUGAUGAUGAUGAAGAUAAUACUUUACCAACAAUUGUACCUUUAAAUAAUUCAUGGUUUAAUACGACAAAUGAUUCAGAUAGUUCGACUAGUCCAAUUAGUUUAGCAACAUCAUCAACAAAUAUUAUCUCUUUAAUCGACGAACAAAAGCCUACUCUUUCGAUAUCUACAUUUAGUUCAAGGAAACGAUUUCAUGAACUUGAUAAACGUUGUCGAGAUUUUGAAAAUGCAAAUAAUGAAUUAAAACAAUUGAAUAUUCAACUUGAAAAAGAUUCAUUAAGUGUUGGUGGUGUUACUGAAUUAUUUCGACGAGGAUCUGAAGGACAAAUAAGUGAUAGUAAUUCAAAUGAAACUAUAAUAAUUGAAGAUGUAUUAAAUCAAUCAUCUACAUCUCCAGCAUCAUUUAAGGGUUCAUUUUCACAUGUUUCAUCACGUGAUACAACAUCGGAUGAAGCAUUAACUACUAUUGUUAUUAGUCAACGUGAACGAUUUCGUAUUCGUAAUGUUGAAUUAGAGAGCGAAAAUGUUUCAUUAAAACAACAAACGAAUAUAUUUCAAAAUGAAAUGGAUAAACUUCGAUCGGAUAAUAUAAAAUUAUAUGAAAAAAUUAAAUUCGUUCAGAAUUAUCCUACAACACGUGGAACAGAUGGUCCUAUUGAUCGGUAUUCACGUGGUUAUGAUGCAUCAUUGGAUCCAUUUACUAAUUUUACGAAACAAGAAAAACAAAAGAAAUAUGAAUCACUUAAAAUUCAUGAAAAAUUUGCUUUAAACUUUGGUAAAUUUAUUCUCUCAUCACAUCAAAGUCGAACAUUUUUUGUCAUUUAUUUUAUUCUCGUUCAUAUUCUUAUCUUUCUUUCUCUUUAUAAAAUGGUUCAUGUUGGUUCAUCUGUACGUGAUAUGUCACAAGUUUGUUUUGAUAAAUUUCGAGAACAUAUGGCAGGUGUACAUGGAGAAAAGAAUUUUCAUUUUGAACAUGGUCAUGCUCAUGCUCAUGCUCCACCAGGUGUCGUUCCAGCUGCAGCACCACCACCUCAUCGAUAG